GGCCGCCGCCUCGCACACCGCCCGCGCCCCGCGCCCUGCCCAGCCCCGGUCGCCGAGGCUCGCGGCCGCCGCUUAGCGCUAGGCGCCCUCCACUCGCUUCUCCGGCACCGCGGAACUGACGCCGCAGACGGACACAAUGGCGGCGGCGACCGCCACCGCGGGCACGGCCGCCUGCAGCAGCAGCAACAGCAGCAGCAGCAGCAGCAGCCGCCGUGGCGGCACGGACCCGGCGGCCACUAGCGGGGUGCAGCCGCCACCUCCGGCCACCGCUCACAACGAGCCUCUCCGCAAGCCGCGCGUGGAUCCGCGGCGCCGCCAGGCUGCCCUGUCCUUCCUCACCAACAUUUCGCUGGACGGCCGGCCGCCACUGCAGGACGACGAGUGGGGCGGCGGCGAGGAGGGCGGCGCGACCAAACCGGGAGCGAGGGCUCGGCUCAGCCUGCUGGCCACCAACUGCAACGCGUUCUCUGCAGCCGGCACCGCGGCCGCGCCGUGGACCGCCGGUUCCGGCUCCAGUCCUUGCUCGCUGCCACCGUCCCUGGUCCCCCGGGCGUCGGGGGAGUCGCUGCCUCCCCGUUCAGCCCCAGCCGUCACCAGUGCUCAACUGCAGCUGCCCGACGGACCGGGGGAUUCCGGACAGGAGGACCUGGAGGAGGACGAUGCCUUCACUAACGUGCAGGUGCCACUGGCCAGCUUCUUGGGCUCCGGGACCCCCGGGAGUGCGAGCGGCAGUCGGGGCCGCCUCAACUCGUUCACUCAGGGAAUCCUGCCCAUCGCCUUCUCUAGGCAGAACUCGCAGAACUACUGCGCCUUGGAGCAGCCAGGCCAGGGCGGCAGCACUAGCGCCUUGGAGCAGCUGCAGAGGUCCCGACGUCGCCUCAUCUCCCAGAGAUCGUCUUUGGAGACCCUGGAAGAUAUUGAAGAGAAUGCCCCUCUCCGGAGAUGUCGAACACUCUCAGGUUCUCCCAGACCAAAGAAUUUUAAGAAGAUUCAUUUUAUCAAGAACAUGCGGCAGCAUGAUACCAGGAAUGGCAGAAUAGUCCUUAUCAGUGGCAGAAGAUCCUUCUGUAGUAUAUUUUCCGUGCUGCCGUAUCGAGACAGUACCCAGGUCGGGGACCUGAAAUUGGAUGGAGGGAAACAGUCAGCAGGGGCCAUGAGCCUGAAGGAGAUCAUUGGCCUUGACGGUGUGGAGCUGGGUGCUGACGGGAAGACAGUGUCCUAUACCCAGUUUCUAUUACCCACAAAUGCCUUCGGAACCCGGAGAAAUACCAUAGACUCCACCUCCUCCUUCUCCCAGUUCCGGAACCUGAGCCACCGCAGCCUCUCCAUGGGCCGGGCCAGCAGCACCACGGGGAGCCUUGAUGCAGGAAGUGACCUGGGAGACUUUGUGGACUACGACCCAAAUCUCCUGGAUGACCCCCAGUGGCCUUGUGGCAAGCACAAGCGGGUCCUGACUUUCCCUUCAUACAUGACCACGGUGAUUGACUACGUGAAGCCCUCGGAUCUCAAGAAGGACAUGAACGAAACCUUCAAGGAAAAGUUUCCUCACAUCAAGUUAACACUCAGCAAAAUCAGGAGUCUGAAGAGAGAGAUGCGGAAGCUUGCCCAGGAGGACUGUGGCUUUGAGGAGCCCACGGUGGCCAUGGCCUUUGUCUACUUUGAGAAGCUCGCCCUCAAGGGGAAACUGAACAAGCAGAACCGGAAGCUCUGUGCCGGAGCAUGUGUGCUGUUAGCAGCCAAGGUCGGAAGUGACCUCAAAAAGCAUGAAGUCAAGCAUCUGAUUGACAAACUGGAAGAGAAGUUCCGAUUGAACAGGAGAGAGCUGAUUGCCUUUGAAUUUCCAGUGUUGGUGGCCUUGGAAUUUGCCCUUCAUCUGCCAGAGCAUGAAGUCAUGCCCCACUACAGACGCCUCAUCCAGAGCUCCUAGCACAGGCCCCAGGAGGGCCAAGGACGGCUUCCUCCGAGUGCACGGGGCCUUACUUACUACCAGAGAAUGGACCUGGGCCCGCCAAGCUGAGUCUCCUUGUUGCUUCAUUUUCAUGGAGAAGCUGUACCUGGGACUUGCUAGGAGACAUUGCUCAGGCUCCACGAGAGGCGGCAUGUCCUGGGGAUGAUGGAGGCCCGCUCUCCCUCCCUGCCAGGCACAUGUGAGGUCUGAAGCUUCUCAGGGCCUUUACUGCAGACUGGGUCUGACUGGGAGGGUGAGGCACUGGAACAGGGGGAACUGGAUGUGCAGCAUUGGGGAGAGCUGCUUAAAGUCCCCUCUCCCUGUGUCAAGAGCGUGCCAAUCUAUUUUUAUAUCUGCCAUCGGAAGUGCACUUUCCCUGGGCACAAGGGUGUGGGUGUGCAAGUGUCUGAGGGGCACUGUUACACCUGACCCCCAAAGCCAAUCCCCACCUUCUAUGGAGCUGACUUGUUAUGAUUUCUAGGUAAUGACUCAGAUCCAGAGUGGCAUCUCUGCUCUCUGGAAAUAACACUGUUUCUGAGACUGUACCUGCCACUCACUGGACAGAGGCAACAGUUCUCGGCAGUAGGAUAAGUCACGUGCAGGGUGGCACGCUCUGAACUUUCCGCCGUCACACCACGGGCUUCUAUUUAACCCUCUAGCUCUUGCCUGUGGAGACAUGAGGGCUGCACUCCAUAGCGUGUAUUCCUGUGCUCUAUGUUAGAGUGCAUAAUGAGCGCGUUUAUUGUGCUAAAUACAUAUGUGUGUGUGUGUUUUCUAAACGUCUGUAUUGGGGGUAAGACGCAUGAUUGGUGUCUUGUGGCUUUUGCAGCUGGGACAAACUACAUUUCAAGCUGUGGUUAAGUUGAUUGUUAGUACAAAAUUGUGACCUGUCCUGAAGCAUUAAUGAUAUGCUGUCACCUGGGAGUUAUACAGGUAUAACUUUACUAAAGAAAGCUUGUGGCCAUGGAAAAAGAAUUAAACUAUUUUGUUCUUUUACAUAUACAUAAACGUGUGUGUGAACAUGUAA